AUGAAAAAAAAAAAACUUCACCUAGAGAAGGGGGCAGAGAUAAGUUUAAUUUUCCACACCACAUACAAACCCAUACAUAUACAUAUCAUGGCAGGAUUGGACUACCUUCUCUUUGAAGAGGCUACCGGAUAUGGUAUUUUCAAAGUUCUCAUACAACAAGAUGACAUUGCAUCCAGAUCAAAAGAAGUCCAAGAAGCAGCUCAUGAUUUAUCGAAAUUUUCCAAAAUGAUUGAAUUAGUUUCAUUUGCUCCUUUCAAAGGUGCCGCACAAGCUUUGGAAAAUGCUAACGAUAUUUCUGAAGGUUUGGUUUCCGACUAUUUGAAAGAAGUUUUGGAGUUGAAUUUGCCUAAAACUAGUAAAAAGAUUAACUUGGGGGUCUCGGAUAAAAAUUUAGGUCCUUCAAUCAAGGAAAUUUUCCCCAAUGUUGAUGUAUUGUCGAAUGAAAUUGUUCAAGAUUUCCUCAGAGGUAUUAGAGUGUUUGGAGCUAAGUUAUUUAAAGAUUUACAAGAAGGUGAUAUAGAAAGAGCACAAUUGGGUUUAGGACACGCUUUUUCUAGAGCUAAAGUCAAAUUCUCAGUACAAAAGAAUGAUAACCAUAUUAUUCAGGCAAUUGCAUUGUUGGAUCAAUUAGAUAAAGAUAUAAAUACAUUUUCAAUGAGAGUCAAGGAAUGGUAUGGAUGGCAUUUUCCUGAAUUGGCCAAGAUUGUUUCUGAUAAUUAUCAAUUUGCCAAAUUGGUUCUUUACAUUAAAGAUAAGUCAAACUUGACUGAGGAUGAUUUACAUGAUGUUGCAGCUAUCUUGAAUGAGGACUCAGGAAUUGCUCAACGUGUCAUUGACAAUGCCAAAAUUUCCAUGGGUCAAGAUAUUAGUGAACAAGAUAUGGAUAACGUUAUUACUUUUGCUCAAAGAGUGGUUAAUUUAACUGAAUACAGACAACAAUUGUUCAAGUACUUAACUGACAAGAUGCACACUGUGGCACCAAACUUGUCUACAUUGAUUGGUGAGGUUGUUGGAGCCAGAUUAAUUUCUCAUGCUGGGUCAUUGACCAAUUUAUCCAAACAAGCCGCAUCGACAGUACAAAUCUUGGGUGCAGAAAAGGCUUUGUUUAGAGCCUUGAAGACAAAGGGAAACACACCAAAGUAUGGUUUGAUUUAUCAUUCAUCUUUUAUUGGUAAAGCUGGUGCUAAGAAUAAAGGUAGAAUUUCAAGGUAUUUGGCAAAUAAGUGUUCUAUUGCUUCAAGAAUUGAUAAUUAUAGUGAUGAACCAACUACAGCUUUUGGUGAAGUAUUGAAGAAACAAGUUGAAGAUAGAUUGAAGUUUUACGAUACUGGAUCAGCACCAAUGAAGAACUCUGAUGCCAUUAAGGCUGCUUUGGCUUUGACCGGAGGUUCUGAUGCUAUUGUUGAAGAUGUUGAAAUUGAAGAUGUUGAAGAGAAACUGGAGAAGAAGGAAAAGAAGGAGAAGAAGGAGAAAAAGGACAAGAAAGAAAAGAAGGACAAGAAAGAAAAGAAGGACAAGAAAGAGAAGAAGGAAAAGAAGAGAAAAGCUGAUGAUGAAGAAGAAACCCCAAAGAAGAAGAAAAAGAAGUCCAAGGAUUAA